GCUACAGCAGCACCUGAAAACUAGGUCAAUCAAAGUGUGGCGGCUCUCCUACAUCUGGAUGCGUGUGCAGCAGUCUACUGCAUGAGGACUACUGUGACGGAACAGCUUCGCAGAGCAGAAAGAAUGGAAAUCAUUUCCUGAAAAGCGGUUGUCUCCGUGGAUCAGUAUACCACUACAACCCAUCACCCCCAAGCCCACUGAUGCCAACGCAGCAAGUGACCGCGCAUUGCUCGCAGCGGCAAUAAGGACCAACACCUUAAUUAUCAGGCCGUGGUGACAUAGACGGUCACAGCACAGCAGUCACCGUUAAUUAUUCGCCGCAACACAGCAACAAUUAGGAUUUAAAUCGCUGCUGUUAUAUUUUUUUAUUUAUUUCGCCGGCAGCUGCUGCUGCGGUAACACCCCUCUUUGUAGAUCGUGUGCACUCCUUCUCCCUCCUCCUUCCUCUCCUCGGCUCUCCAUCCUUCCUUCCCGGAACGGCGGGGUGGACUGGUGGGGCUAUGGAGGAUGCAGGUGAGAUGAGGAAGACAUUCACGGUACCGGAGAUUAAACCGUUGAAUCAGUACGACUUCAACCGAGCCAAGGUGUGCGCCAGCGUCCGGUGGCUACUGGCGAAGUCAUACGGAUCCGCAGAGAAUGUCCCAGUGGAGCUGCGAGAGCCUCUGUACAGAGACAAGUAUGAGCAGGAGCACCUCAAGCCCUCCGUCUCCCAGCUACUCCUGUCCCCUGAGCUGUACUGUAGGACCCAGGCCCUGCUCCACGGGGUCUCCCAGCCCGCUUCUCAGGGGCCCCCAGGGGACAACUCCGCACUGCUGCAGCUCCUCACCAAGAGGGGCCUGGAGCCCAGGGACCAGGAUGUGGCCAUCACGGAGGAAGACCUCAGCCACACGCCCAUCAAGACGAAGGCCCACCUGGUCCUGAUUGACUCGCUGAUGUCACUGGCUGCCAUGGAGAUGGUGGGCAAGGUUAAGAUGACUGCAGAGGCAGAGAAAAUGGGAGGCGGGGCUCCGUGGGAGAAUGCCCUCCUCUUCUGGGUUAACCGGUUGAAUCAGAAGUUGAGAGAGAGCACUGAGGAUGAGGAGGUCCCAACCUGCACAGACCCACAGCCUGUUCAACCAACAUGUCCCACCCGCUGGUACUGGAAACUGGUCCCAAUCCGUUAUAGGAAGGAUAAGGUUCUGUCUAAGCAGACUCCUACUUUUCCUCUGGUGUCUGGUGUAAGGGAUCUGUCUAAUGGCUGUGCUAUAGCUGCUGUUCUGCACUACUACUGUCCUGACCUGCUGCCACUGGAGGAUGUGUGUCUGAAGGACACCAUGUCAGUAGCAGACAGUCUGUAUAACCUGCAGCUGAUCAGAGAGAUCAGUGAGUCCAGUCUACAGAGGUGCUGUCACCUGGAGCUGGAGGACCUGCUCUACGCCCCGCCCACACUACACGUGAACAUCAUGAGUUUCAUAGCAGAGCUGCUGGGAUGGUUCGAGGUGCAUAAACCUGACUUCGUCAAGCCAUUACUACCUCUAGACCUGACAGAUGCCUCAGGGUUGUUGGAGUCCAGUCCUGUCAGUGGGUACAGCAUCAGUGGCUCUCCCUCCUAUAUCUUCAAACAGCCCUUUGUCCCCAUAUCCUCUCCUGCGUCAUCUGAAGGGAACAUGUGGACCAAGAAACAGAUCCGUCGUCCACUCUCGGCUGUAACCUUCAGUAUUCCAUUCGGUCUGGACAGUGACGUGGACGUUGUCAUGGGCAACCCCGUGCAUUCUGCCAGCACCAACAGCCUGACCGCUGGCGUGCCCGCCAUGAUGACUUCAUCGAGCAGAAUGUCAUCUGGGAUGACACGGGUCCCCUACAGCCCCCCCGAGGACCUCAGUCACCUGGUCAGCGCCUCUGUCCCUCAACGCUCCUCCUGGGGCCCGCACACACACUCAUACACACCGGCCCUAGGGGAGCUGCCGACAGUCGAGAUCAUCCACACUCCUGGAGGAGAAAGAGGUGGAGGAGGGAAAAGAGGAGAGAAAGGAGAUGGAGGAGGAGGAAGGCCAGAGCCACGCUUGCGUCCAGAAGGAGCUCCUGCAGGUUUCUUCCUUCAUUCUCCUGAAUACGACCUGACCCAGCUCAGCAGCUCCGCCCCCUGCCGCUCCGGAAUGCUCUACCGACCAAUAGGAGGGGAGGGGGGCGUAGGAGAGAAGCAGAGAUUGGGAGGCAGGGAGAAGGGGGAGAAGGGGAGAUCGGAUGGCUCGCGGGACGAUGACUCGGUCCUCCGCGACGGAAGUGUGGACUCAUCGGAAGCUUCCGACGACCUUCCUAGAAACGCCCUCGGCAACGUCCGCCCUGGCCACGGUCGUCACGGCAACGGCAACAUCAGCAACACCGGUGGCAGUAGCGGCAGCCCACAGAUGACGAGCUUCGCCGAGCGGCGGGACAGAAGGAGACAGCCGGCCGCACCGGGAGAGGAGUCGCCCAGCACCCCGACCCCCACCACCCCCACCCUCCAUACCCCCACCCACACCACCCCCAGCCCAGGAGGGAAGCACCCUGAGCCGGGUACAGAGGCCUGGGAGCUGGGGGCCCGCCUGGAGGAGAAACGCAGAGCCAUCGAGGCCCAGAAGAGACGCAUAGAGGCCAUAUUCACCAGACACAGACAGAGGCUGGGCAAGACUGCCUUCCUACAGCUGAAGAGAGGAGAGGGAGGAGAGGAGCCUAUAUCUCUGGAGGAGCGUCUCAGCCGCAUGGAGGAGCAGCUGAAAGAGGAGGAGGAGAGAGAAGAGGGAGAGGAGAAAGACAAGGCAGACGAAGGGAACUCCCGCCCUCAGGCGCGAUUGGAGAAGCAGGUGACGUUUUCCAUGGAUACGAGGAAGGGGGCUGAGAAAGGGGUGGAUAAAUGGGAGGGGCCUGAGCCGGGGGGAGGGGCUGUUCUAGUGGAGUAUAAUGAGGUGGUCCUGAAGCUGAGUGAGGCUCUGAGGUCACUACAGAACGACAUGCAGAAACUGACCCAACAACAACAACAGCUAAUGGGCAAGAAGACCACACCCAAACCCACACCUAAAACUACACCCAAAACCACACCUAAAACUACACCCAAAACCACACCUAAAAGUACACCCAGGACACCACCCAGGACCCCCACUAAGAGUCCGACUAGAACCCCGACCAAGAGCAUCAGUAAGGCGUGGGUGAUUCCUGCAGGCUCCAAACCCCCACCUCCACUACCUCCCCCUCUCGCAGGGCCCUCCCCCAGCUCUCCUCCACCCCUCCCAAAACCUCCACCUCCACUACCUCCCCUCACAGGGCCCUCCCCCAGCUCUCCUCCAACCCUCCUAAAACCCCCAUCUCCUCCUCCUGCCCUGCCCCACGCACAAAGAUCCACUCCUCCUCCCCCCGUAGCCCUAAGCACCACCCGCGCCCCUCCCAACCCCACCCCCCAUGUGGACUCCCUCCCACACCUGCGACGCGUCUCCCCCAGCCAGUGCCAGGUCCAGACCUCCUCCUCUUUCCGUAUCGGGGGCCCCUGCACCCCCCAGGAACCCCCUGCCUCCAUGCGGCCCCAGCCCGAGGAGAGUACCUCAGAGACGGGCUCCAGCGAGACGCAGUUCAGCCUGGAGCUGGAGGAGCAGGAGGGUUUAGGGGAGGCCGGCCCGUGUUUCCCCAGCCCAGGAGAGGCCGUUCUGGGGGUGGCAGCAGCUCUGGAGCCCCCUCCGAGGGCUCCUUUGAGAGCGAGACCCUGGCCAGAGGGGGGCAGUGACGAGCCAACUGACACAGAAGGACAGGAGUUGUUCUCUGACUCCAUGAGCGACCACACAGAACCUCCAACAGGAGAAACGUUGGAACCUACGGAACCCACGGGAGAACCUAGGGAAUCUACGGGGGAUCCAAUAGCACAGAACACAGAACUCCGAGAACCCUCAGUGGAACCCACAGAGCAGACGGAACCGGAGGCGAGAGGAGGGGUUGGAUUCUUCUUCAAGGUGAGAGGAGGAGCGAAGAGGCUCUCUCCCACAGACCCCUCCCCUGUCCUGCACCCCUCCCCCGCAGCCGGUGUCCCUUCGCUCACCCCACCGACCACGCCCAGUCGCCGUGGUGAUUUCACGCGGAAGGAGUACGCCCACCGCCAGCAGAUACGCAUCAUGUCCGACCUGGAUAAGGUGCUGUGUCAGAAACACACCAAUCAGGGACGAGUCGUCGCCAAGAAGUCCCGCCCCCGACCUCGGAGCAUGACCCGGGAGGAGUCACAGCUGUCCCGCAGCCCAGCCAAGAGCACUAUGGGUUCUAAGUUGACUAAGGUGUACUCUCACUCCUCUCUCAACCUGGCUGCUAUGGCUGACGACACAGUCCCUGACCACACCGUCCCUAACCCUAGCAAGAAACCAUCCAGCCGCCCUGAUUCGCCCUCACGUCUGAUGUCACCGAGCCAACUGGCCAAUCAGAACGGAGACAAGGACUGGGAGAUCGGCUCCAAUGGCUCCUCCCCUUCCAUUCCAGAAUACACCGGGCCCAAACUGUUCAAGGAGCCGAGCUUCAAGUCCAAUAAGUUCAUCAUCCACAACGCUCUGUCUCGCUGCUGUCUGGCUGGGAAGGUCAACGAGACUCAGAAGAACAAGAUGGUGGAGGAGAUGGAGAAGAGUCCAGCCAAUCACUUCCUGAUUCUGUUCCGUGAUUCCAACUGUCAGUUCCGAGCCGUCUACACCAUGAGCCCGAGACUGACGAGGCUCAUCCGAUUGGCCGGGGUGGGCCCGCGUGUCGUAAGCCCCGCCCUGGUGGAGUCCAUCUAUAAGUACAGCUCCGACAGGAAACAGUUCAGUUGUAUCCCGUCCAAGACCAUGUCCAUGAGUGUCGACGCCUUCACCUUACCAGGACACCUGUGGCACAGCAAGAGGCCUGGCAAGCCAAAAUAACCAUGUAUAUACUGUAUAUACAUACACACCUGUGGCACAGCAAGAGGCCUGGCAAGCCAAAAUAACCAUGUAUAUACUGUAUAUACAUACACACCUGUGGCACAGCAAGAGGCCUGGCAAGCCAAAAUAACCAUGUAUAUACUGUAUAUACAUACAGGAAUGGAUACACACACACACAAACAACUGACUUACUGUUUGUCCUGCAUGGGACACACUACCCCUCUCGCCCUUCUCAUCGGACCUACUGCCUGUUGACGAGGUGCUUUCUCUCCCCUGUAUGUGCAUGGAAAUGGAACAGGCCAACGAUCCACCCUUAUGGAGAAGGCUCUAAGACUCAUCUACACACGGGGGAUACUGAAGACCAGUUGUUGUAAAAAUGACCUUUUCAAUCUUAAAUGGUUACACGACACAGAAACAAAGUCUACACAAAAAGUGUAUCUUUCUCUUUUUUCAGUUAAAACGUUCUCCUGUAAAUGUCUGAGGUACAAAAUGAUUGUUUCUCUGAUACCCAUAAACCCUUUGGCCUUAUGUUCUGUUCACUACUAGCUGAAAGACUGGAGGCUGAGAGCCAUUGUGUAGGUUGACUAAAGUUUUCUGUUUUAUAACACGAACACGAUCCUUCUAAUGCCUUCUGCCCAACGACUGGCAGGUUACAGGACUUUUAUUAUCCUGCAAACCACGGUCAAAACAAGAAAUGGAAGACACGUGCUCUCUCUCUCUCUGACACUCUCUGUCUCUCUCUGUCUCUGUCUCUCUCUCUCUGACACUCUGUCUCUCUCUGUCUCUGUCUCUCUCUCUCUGACACUCUCUGUCUCUCUCUGUCUCUGUCUCUCUCUCUCUCACUCUCUGUCUCUCUCUGUCUCUGUCUCUCUCUCUCUGACACUCUGACUCUCUCUGUCUCUGUCUCUCUCUCUCUGACACUCUCUGUCUCUCUCUGUCUCUGUCUCUCUCUCUCUGACACUCU